GUAUUUGCAACUUCUAAAUACUAAAAAUUAUAAUGAGAAUGCCAUCGCAAGUUUAUAUAGAAAUGAUUGACUAUUUUUUAUGAUUAGUUGAUUAUCAAAGUGAUUGUUUGCCUUGAUAUUUUCACAAAAAAAUUAUAUCUCCAUACUUUUUUUUUUGACGCAUUAUAUCUCCAUACUUGUAAAUUUUAAUUUAGUAAUAUUUUUCCCGAUCAUUUUCUUCACUAUUUAUAUUUCCACAGUAUUCACACUUUCACAGGCUUAGACCUACAAAAAUCCUUAUCAUAUUUUCACGCCGACAGUGACUCGUAUAUAAACUAUUAUUACGUCUUUAUAUCAAUGUGUUGGCAACGCACAAUAUAAUAGUUGCAGAAAUUUACAUCAUAUUAUAAACCCUAUAGCUCAGAAAUUUUUCUUUCGAAAUUGCUUCAAAAUUCAGAAUUAUUUGUAACAAGUUAUUUAAAGAUGGGUUUGGAGGAGAAUGUAGAAGAUAGCGGUUGUCAAUGGACCUUAUGCAAACAUACAUUUUAUGAUUUAUCACAUGUUUCUCCUGUGGUAUUUAUGUUCAUGCUGAAAGAAUGCUAUUAUUAUGGCAAUUGUAAGGCGACGGUGAAAUUCCGAGCCCUUCAGGAACAGCUACGUCUUGUGCUCCAUAAUGAUCCAAAACCUGGACCAGCAACUUUUGUUGUUCAGUGCCUGUAUGUGUCUCCCGUGUUUGACAAUCAAAGUCAAGGAUUUACUCAUUUGAUUAUAUCUGCUUUUCGCCGCUUCCUGAAAAGAUCAACAUCAACCACUACAGAAGACUCCUUGGAUGCAAAAAACUCGGCUGCCUAUCUACUCGUUAAUAUUAUUAGGGGCCAGAUCAAGCAUGAUGAAAUGAUAGUCAUGAAAAUACUAGAAACUUUUGGUGUAAAACUAACAAAUGUUCAGAAAGCCCUGUGCCAAAAUAAAGAAAAAGAUUAUUUAAGUUGGGGCAUGGCAAAAGAAUUGAUUGAGCAGUAUACUUUGGAAUUGGUGAAAUCCCAGUUGUACACAAUAGCUGUUACUUUAAUGGAGCAUUUCUCCAUUUCCCACUACAGCCAAUCUUUUCUCCUUGAGAUGAUAAAGAGUAAUCAAUUUAAAGCAGCAGAGAAGUGGGCAGCAUUUAUGGGGAAGCCUAUGUUGUCCAUACUUAUUCAGGAGUUCAUCAACAGAAACAUGCUAAAGGAUGCCUACGAGGUUAUAAAGAAAAAUAAUCUAAAGCAGGAUUUUCCAGAUGUAUACAAGAGGUGUAAAGAAAGCUCACUAAAGAGCUUAGCAGAAAAGGGAUGUUGGGACGUUGCUGAGGCUAGAACAAACAAUGAUAGACAGCUUAUGGAAUAUUUGGUUUAUUUGGCAAUGGAAGCUGGUUACAUGGAAAAAGUUGAUGAACUAUGUGAACGGCACUCCCUAGACAAAUUUUUAUAUAUUAAAGUGCUUGAAACAAGUAUCCCGCAAGGACGUUAUUUACAUCUUGAGGAACUGAUGAUUGAAGAGAUUAUUUGGGUUGAUGAAGUUGAAGGUUUGCUUGAUGCAACAUGUCACAUUGAGGAUGUUAAAGUUAUAGGUCUUGAUUGUGAGUGGAAGCCUAAUUAUGUAAAAGGCAGCAAGGCAAACAAGGUUUCUAUCAUGCAAAUUGCUUCAGAAAAGAAGGCCUUCAUAUUUGAUCUGAUAAAGUUACACAGAGAGGUGCCUGAAAGUUUAGACAACUGUCUAACCCGCAUUUUGCUGUCACCUGGAAUUCUAAAACUUGGGUAUAAUUUCCAAUGUGAUAUGAAGCAACUUGCUCACUCGUAUGAAGAGCUGAAAUGUUUCAAGAACUAUAAAAGGUUGCUGGACAUCCAGAAAGUUUUUAAAGAUCCUCGGGGUGGUUUGGCUAAGCUUGCAGAGAAAGUACUGGGUGCUGGUUUAAACAAGACAAGACGAAACAGCGAUUGGGAGCAAAGACCUUUAACUCCAAAUCAACUAGAAUAUGCUGCUCUGGAUGCUGUUGUACUUGUUCACAUUUUCCGCCAACUUCCUGAUCAAGGAGAUGAGUGGAAGUCUUGCAUCGAAUCCCACAUGGAAACCACCAAGAAGUACAAGAAACGUCCCAAAAAAUGAAGGAGAGCUUCUUUUGCCAUCCCACAUUUCUAAAAACCAAACAUGUUCUAAAGGAUACUUCCAGAGCAUAAAAACUGUGUUUUUUUGGGUUAUGUACUUCCAAAGUGACUUUGAGGGGUGGGAAACAAAUUGAAGGAGGCCGGGAUUGACACCAAAAAGAAUUGAACCUUAACUGACGUGUAAUUAUUUGAAUUGAUUAAAGUGUAUGCCGAAAACAUUCAAAUAAGAAAAAUUUUAUUGUUAUGAAAUGUAAAUAUUUUCUGUCCA